ACCCCACACACCCCACAACACCACACACCACCUACUCAGCUUCUUCUACCACUCCAUCAGCAUCGAUACCCUCGCUUACAGUAACAGGAACAGCAUCUACUACAUCGAGCAAUGGCUGGAAUGAGGUUCAACUCCACCCCUGCCGUCAUCGCCGCCGCAUGCCUUCUGGCGUCCUACCAGACCGGCGUCCAAUCUCGCCACCUUCGUGCCCUUGGUGCCGAUUCCGACCGGAAUUACACCCAUCUGGGAUGCUUCGUGGACAAGAAGAGCGACCGCGUGAUGGGGCACAAGAUUACCGAUGAGGAAGUCGACACGGAGUUCUGCUACGACUACUGCUUGGAAGAGCACGCGCCCUUGAUGGCUACCCAGUGGGGGAUCGAGUGCUGGUGCGCCACGGAGGUUGACGUGGAAUACGAACGACACGGAGAGGCAGAGGAAUUGUGCGACUACAAAUGCGGGGGAGACAAGACCGAAAAUUGCGGCGGCUACAACGCCUUCGACUUGUACGUGAUCGAGUCGUUGACCACCAUUGAACGGCCGGACGGCGCCAUGAACGACGACAUCGUGAAGAUCAUCGACGUCCCUGGUGACAACCCCGGAGGUGCCGGCUGGGCCGACAGCUACUCGGUCGGAAGCAAGUGCUACAUGUCGACCACGUUCGACCACGGCAUCGGAGAGGAACUCGUUGACACCCCGAUCGGCGAGAUGAAGAUUAGGGACCUGUAUGACAUGCUCGAUAAGGGGCCUGGAUCUGCCGGCCACCCUCUCUACAACGACAUCCAGUGCGGAAACGGCCCCGCGAAUGACGCUGCUGACGAGACCAACUGCCCCGGGUUGGUGAUGGAAGGCCCAGAAGGCUGCGGCCAAAUCGGUCCCAUGUGGGAUUUGUCGGAGCUCGAGGCGUAAACCACCCACCCGCAUGUUGGUAGCGUAUGCGGUUCGGCUGAUGGGUUUCUGCACGUGUAUUUCGGCACAAGGGCGGGGCUAGUCGCAUAUAGCCAGACGUUCAUGUGUUCCUGGCGCCAGGUCUGGUGCCCGGUAGAUGGUUUCUCAGCAUUGUUCAUGGGGUUUGUGCUGUUUUUUGACAAGUGAAGUCAAGUGGUGGAACAAAUGUUCCUCUGGUGUUGUGUGGACGGGUACGGCGGGGGGAAUCCAUGUAUUUGACCUCAAGUGGAGAACAAAUGUUCCUCUGGUGCUUUGUGGACGGGUACGGGGGGGGGCAUCCAUGUAUUUGACCUCGGGUUGUGGGGCAGAACUUUAUCGGUUGCCGUUCCAUGGGAACUCUUGAAAACAGUGGUGCUGCACUUUCGCCUAACUUGGAUGAUUUCGAGUUCAGGCAUUUUUAUCCCUCUGCUCGUCAUCCUUCCACAAAGACUCUGUAGGGCAAGUGGUAGCCCUUGACGUUUCAUGGGGCAAUUCGUCCGAACGGCCUACCGUCACGCGUGUAGCAACCGUCGUUUGCGGACACGACACUUAACAAGGUUGCGAGAAAAAUGGGAACUAAUUUUGAAAUGGGAAUGAACACCACCCCCGUCUUGUGUUCACCCUUUGGAUUUAGUUAUGAUCGAAAGCGCUAUCGAAUCUUCUCCGCGGGCAGAAACAGUUCAUACAGGCGUUGGUGUCCACGCCUGUUGUUGCCAUGGCGAAAAACAUCACGGGAGACAGACGGAACGUGUUUUCAGGAGGAAAGUAGAAGAAAGUAUAGCUUCGGUGAUUAUCCGGGAGAGGGUGUGAUAUGAAACGUUGCGAGAUUCAAUGCCAUAUCAUAACUUUGAGAUGUUUUCGGAGCAUUUUCGGCGGUAGAGAUGCAGGGUGCAUAAAACAUUCAUAGUAAAGACAUGGUGGUGGAGAGGAAAGGCUCCUCUUCCCCACGUAGGUUAAGUACGCGAGUUUGUGACCGAAGUGCUAUCCGUGUGUGUGUUAGACCACGCAUUCGGCGACCUAAGGUAAACGAACCCGCUUGAGUCUCGCCGCCUCCCGAUGCCGCCCCACAGUGUUGAUUUAUCGUACAAAGACUAAAUGAAGCACGGACAGCGAAAAUGCACAUACACACACCAGGCACGCGCGAUCGAGGCAAAUCACCUUGCCUCCUCCCACAGGCAAAAUGUCCGAGUACUAUGAAAAACUCCGGUUAGAAAGCCCUGGAGGUCACGCUAAAAAGGUAAACGACUGUCGGAUCCACAAGCAAGCAAGGUACAUCCACCAGUAACGAGUCGUCUAACGAAUCAACUACUCCGUCCUCUCUUGCCCCCUACGCGGUCUAAAAUGUGCAGCCGUCAACAGCACGCCUGGCGCUGGAGGAGGUCGAAGUGCUGGCGUAGCACUGCUGCGAGGGUUAGGGAUCGGGGUGGUGGCCCUCUCGGGCGGUGGGGCAGUGGGAGGCUGAAC